CACAUGCAGUACAUUUCUGGAUUUGGGAAUGAGUGUGCUUCAGAGGACCCUCGCUGCCCAGGUUCCCUGCCAAAAGGACAGAAUAAUCCUCAGGUCUGCCCCUACAAUCUGUAUGCUGAGCAGCUCUCAGGAUCGGCUUUCACUUGUCCACGGAGCACCAAUAAGAGAAGCUGGCUAUAUCGGAUUCUACCUUCAGUUUCUCACAAGCCCUUUGAAUCUAUUGACCAAGGCCAUGUCACUCACAACUGGGAUGAAGUUGAUCCUGAUCCUAACCAGCUUCGAUGGAAACCAUUUGAGAUUCCAAAAGCAUCUCAGAAGAAAGUGGACUUUGUGAGCGGCCUGCACACCUUGUGUGGAGCUGGAGACAUCAAGUCCAACAAUGGGCUUGCUGUCCACAUUUUUCUCUGCAAUACCUCCAUGGGGAACAGAUGCUUUUACAAUUCAGAUGGGGACUUCUUGAUUGUUCCCCAGCAAGGGAAGCUUCUCAUUUACACCGAGUUUGGCAAGAUGCUUGUGCAGCCCAAUGAGAUCUGCGUCAUUCAGAGAGGAAUGCGGUUCAGCAUAGAUGUCUUCGAGGAAACCAGGGGCUACAUCCUGGAGGUCUACGGUGUCCACUUCGAGUUACCUGACCUGGGACCCAUUGGAGCCAAUGGCUUGGCCAAUCCUCGUGAUUUCUUGAUACCCGUUGCCUGGUAUGAAGAUCGCCAAGUUCCAGGUGGUUACACUGUGAUUAAUAAAUACCAGGGCAAGCUGUUUGCUGCCAGACAGGAUUUCUCCCCGUUCAAUGUCGUGGCCUGGCACGGGAACUAUACGCCCUACAAGUACAACCUGGAGAACUUCAUGGUCAUCAACUCAGUGGCUUUUGACCACGCCGAUCCAUCCAUUUUCACAGUGUUGACUGCGAAGUCUGUCCGCCCUGGGGUGGCCAUCGCUGACUUUGUCAUCUUCCCACCUCGAUGGGGGGUUGCUGAUAAGACCUUCAGGCCUCCUUAUUACCACAGGAACUGCAUGAGUGAAUUCAUGGGACUCAUCAGAGGCCACUAUGAGGCAAAGGAAGGUGGGUUCCUGCCAGGGGGAUGCAGCCUGCACAGUGUGAUGACCCCUCAUGGGCCUGAUGCUAACUGCUUUGAGAAGGCCAGCAAGGCCAAGCUGGCACCUGAAAGGAUUGCUGAUGGCACCAUGACAUUUAUGUUUGAAUCUUCUCUAAGUCUGGCUGUCACCAAGUGGGGACUCAAGGCCUCCUGUUGUUUGGAUGAGAACUACCACAAGUGCUGGGAGCCUCUCAAGAGCCACUUCAGCCCCAACUCUAGGAACCCCGUGGGCCCUAAUUGA